CUAGGGUUUUUCAGGCAUAUAUAAAAACCGCAAAGCAAGCCAUCAUCUCCUCCUCAGCUUACCGUAGCAGUUGCAGCCUCUCCUCUUCCUGGUGAUUAAGAGCUUUAACUGUAUUUUUGGGUAGCAAAACAAGAAAGUCAAGAUGCAGAACGAGGAGGGACAGAACAUGGAUCUUUACAUCCCCAGGAAAUGCUCUGCCACCAACAGGCUUAUUACCUCUAAGGACCAUGCGUCUGUUCAGAUUAACAUUGGUCACUUGGAUGCUAGUGGUCAUUACAUUGGCCAGUUCACCACUUUUGCUCUCUGUGGUUUCGUUCGUGCCCAGGGUGAUGCCGACAGUGCCGUGGACAGGCUUUGGCAGAAGAAGAAGACUGAACUCCGCCAGCAGUAACUGCGUUAGAGAAUACUUUUUUUUGUCUUAAACAUUGUUAGUGCAAGAAGAGUGGUGUGAUAGCAGUGACAACUGCUCUCAUUUUCGUGAAACCAUGUUUAAUUUAGUUCUCUGCCUGAACAAGUUUAUCUUUUAGCUUGAGUAUAUUUUGAACUCAUCCUAGAUCCAAGAUUUUAAUUUUUGGUUGCCA